GAGAGCAGAAAGUAAGAAGGACGGAGAGGGAGCAGAGAGGUAGAGAGAGAGUGACAGAGAAAUAAAGAGAGAGAGAGAAACAUAUCGAGGGCAGCGUACUGUGAGCCAGCAGCGGUGCAGAGGACAAGGGAUGGCCGACAUGACCAGCGAAGAGCCGGACAACUCCGCCGGGAAAGACGAGCUGGACUGGGGCUACGAGGAAGGUGUAGAGUGGGGACUACAUUUCCCAGCAGCCAACGGGGAGUACCAGUCCCCCAUCAACCUCAACUCCAGGGAGGCGCGCUACGACCCCUCCCUCCUGGACGUGCCGCUCACCUCCAACUACGUGGUCUGUCGCGACUGUGAGGUCAUAAACGAUGGACACACCACCCGCAUCCUACUCAAGUCAAAGUCAGUGGUUACGGGGGGCCCUCUGCCCAGCGACCAUGAGUACGAGCUCCACGAGGUCCGCUUCCACUGGGGCAAGGAGAACCAGAGAGGCUCCGAGCACACCGUCAACUUCAAGGCCUUCCCCAUGGAGCUCCACCUCCUCCACUGGAACAGCACGUUGUAUAGCUGUGUGGAGGACGCCCUGGGCAAGAACAACGGAGUCCUCAUCAUCGCUCUGUUUGUACAGGUAAGCCGCCAGCUAGCCCCUAGCGCUAACACUUCUUAUAGCCAAUAGCAGGGCCCCUAGCGCUAACACCUCUUAUAGCCAAUAGCAGGGCCCCUAGCGCUAACACCUCUUAUAGCCAAUAGCAGGGCCCCUAGCGCUAACACCUCUUAUAGCGAAUAGCAGGGCUCCUAGCGCUAACACCAUUUAUAGCCAAUAGCAGGGCCCCUAGU